CCGCCUCCAGAACCGCAGGCGUCCCGGGUCCGUGGCUCCCGCUGCCUCCCAGCCGGCUGGAAGCUCCAUGGAGGCUAGAAGGAUCUGCGGCCUGUAGGGGGCGAUGUUUGGGUUUCACUGAUCCUGCAGCAGCUGAACCUCCUCUGAGAGGGAAGUUAAACUCUAGUGAGGAUUAUAAGCUCAGAUUAAAGUCCUGUGAUGUUUAAAGCUUCCUCAGGCUGUUAAUGGUUUCCUCUGCUUUAGAAUAAUGACUGUUAUUCUAAGCUGAUGAGGCUCCAUGGAUGCAGACCUGAAAGGACGCAGGUGCAGGAAGCUGAUCUGAAGAAGAGCUUCAGCUGAGGAACCAAAGAGGAGCUGGAGAUUAUAAUCCAGGACAAGCAUGAAGGAGAACCAGGAAGUAAAGAUUGAGGUGAAGGAGGAGAACCACGAGAUUAAGGUUGAGGAAGAGGAGGAGAACCACGAGAUGAAGAUUAAGGAAGAGGAGAACAUGCAGCACAUAAAGACUGAGGAGGAUGAUAGUAGGAUGAAGAUUGAGGCUGAAACAGAGAACAUAAAGGUUGAGGACCAGAAUCCAGACCUCCACAUUCUGAACACCUCAAACCGGAUUGAACCGGACUCCUCUAAUCCACAGGAACAUGAAGAACAGCAGAUUAAUGGAGCCCUCACCGCAUCCCGCCAAGGAAAGGCUCGUGGGCAGACGCAGACACGCGAAAAGCCAUACAGCUGUGAUCAGUGCGGGACAAACUUCAAAACACAAUCUCAGCUGCAGAGCCAUCUCCGAGCCCACGCUGGUGAGAAGCCAUAUUCCUGUGAGUUGUGUGGAGCAGCAUUUAAUAAAAGCUAUCAUUUAAAGAGACAUAAGCGGAUCCACACUGGUGAGAAACCAUACACCUGUGAACAGUGUGGACAGUCAUUCAGUAACAAAGGCAUUCUUCAAAGACACGAGCAGAGGCUCCAUAAGAAGGAAAAACCCUACACAUGUGAUAUGUGUGGGAAAUGUUUUGCUGUUAGCCAGACCCUGAAAAUACACCAAAGAAUCCAUUCUGAUGAGAAACCCUACAAAUGUGACACUUGUGGGAAAAGGUGUAGGGAAAAGGGGGAUUUGAGCCGUCAUCUACUGACCCACACAGAUCAGAGACAUUAUAGAUGCGAAGUCUGUGGGAAAGAAUUCAACCGCUUAGGUACACUUAAAAGGCACAGCCGAAUACACACAGGAGAAAAGCCGUUUACCUGUGAUGACUGUGGGAAAACCUUUAGUAGAAAGUUUACCCUGGAUUGCCACAAACGGAUACACACCGGAGAGCGACCUUACUGGUGUGAAGUGUGUGGUAAACUCUUCCCUACUAUGACAGGGAUACGUUAUCAUCAACAAAUCUGUAAACCAGAAGGAAUCGCAUCUUCAACGAAAUGACAUCGCUAUGAAGGAAAUUUUUAUUUUAUUUUUUAUGAGGGGAAAUUUAAACACCCUGCUAUUUUUCACCCAGCUGUAUUAUACAAACAAAUUGUUGAAAAGUCACACAUUGUGAUUUCUGGGUUUAUUUUAUUUUUAGAUUAUGUCUCCAUCCACCUACGAUGACGAUUUC